UGCACAGUAAAAUGCUCGAAUUUUAAUGCUAUUUUUAGGAGGAUUUCAUACUGGAAUAUGUCGGCAAUGUUCAAGCAACCAUAUAUGUUGUGGAUAUUUUACUCUUGGAUUUGUUAUGUUUUCAGCGUCGUCAGUGGGCAGGUGGUGUACUCUGUAACGGAGGAGAGUACUCCGGGGACUUUAGUUGGAAAUUUAGCCAAAGAUCUGAAUCUGAAUGUGCAAGAGUUGGAGCACCGUGGAUUCCAAAUUGUUUCAGGAACAAAUGCAAGGUAUUUCGAUUUAAAUGUUAAAGAUGGAGUUCUUCAUAUUAAAAGCAGAAUGGACCGCGAGGAGCUAUGCGGACGUAGUUUAAAAUGCGCGUUGGAAUUAGAAGCUAUUGUUAAGUCACCGUUAAACAUGUACCGAUUUGAGGUAAAUGUAUUGGACAUAAAUGACCACACGCCCGUAUUUCGUUCUCCAAAGGGAGAACUGAAUAUUUCUGAAUCUGCUUCUCUUGGCGAUAGAUUUGCUUUACCAAGAGCAUUUGAUGCGGAUGUCGGCAGUAAUUCGGUAAAGAGCUACAAGCUGAGCACGAACGAACACUUUUCCCUGGAUGUACAGAGCGGAGGAGAACAAAGUGUGUCCGCUGAGUUGGUGCUGCAAAAAUCUUUAGAUCGAGAGAAACAGUCUUUGAUCCUGCUUACCCUGACCGCUGUAGACGGGGGAAAACCUCCACGUUCUGGAACAUUAAAUUUAAAAGUCAAUGUCAUUGAUGUGAACGAUAACACUCCUGUGUGUGGUAAAUCACUUUAUAAGGCUAGAAUACCAGAAAAUGCACCGGUAGGUACAUCUGUUAUCAUUGUUUUUGCAAGUGAUGCCGAUGAUGGAGUGAAUGGUGAAAUUCUCUUUUCAUUUGUAAAUCAUGAUAAUGAUGCAAUAAUUGAUGAUUUCACCAUUAAUUCUAAUACCGGUGAAAUAACAGUGAAGGGACAUUUGGAUCAUGAGUUAAACAAUGCAGUCGAAAUUCGAGUUCAGGUCAAAGAUAAAGGGCAAACUCCCAGGGCAGCGUUUUGUAAAAUACUAAUUGAAAUUAUUGACGUUAAUGACAAUUUUCCGGAGAUAUCUGUAACAUCAUUAGUUAACGUCAUUAAAGAAGAUUCGCAAGAUGGAACAAUAGUCGGUUUAAUAACUGUCAAAGAUAAUGAUGCUAAUAAAAACGGUGUCGUUGUGCUCAGGUUAGAAGCAUAUGUUCCGUUUGCUCUACAGAACACAUAUAAAAAUAGGUAUUCUUUAAUUGUGAAAGGCGCUCUAGAUAGAGAAUUAGUGUCUCAAUAUGAUAUAACUAUUAAAGCUACAGAUGAAGGAACGCCGUCUCUGACCAGCACCAGUGUCAUUACUGUACACAUUUCUGACGUGAAUGACAACGCGCCGUGCUUUGCAGAGACCAAUAUUAUUGUUUAUGUGAAAGAGAACAGUCAGAUCGGAGCCAUUGUUUAUACAGUAUCGGCUUUUGACCCGGAUGCAGGCGAUAAUGCCAGGAUAACAUAUUCCUUACUACAAAACCCUAAAAGCUCUCCUUUAACAUCAGUGUUCAGCAUAAAUUCUGAAAGUGGAGAUAUCAACAAUUUACAUACUUUAAAUUAUGAAGAAAUAAAAAGGUUUCAGUUUAAAGUUCAGGCCACAGACUCUGGAGUUCCUCCUCUGAGCAGUAACGUGACUGUUAAUGUUUUUGUCCUGGAUGAAAAUGACAACAGUCCAGUGGUUCUCGCGCCCUAUUCGGAACACGGCUCCGUUAACACCGAGAACAUUCCUUUCUCUGCUGACCCGGGCUACUUUGUGGCCAAAAUCAGAGCUGUAGACGCCGAUUCUGGAUAUAAUGCGCUUCUUUCUUAUCACAUGUCUGAACCUAAAGGAAACAACUUAUUCCGCAUCGGAACCAGCAGUGGGGAGAUCAGAACUAAGAGGAGGAUGAGUGACAAUGACCUGAAAACACACCCCCUGGUCAUUAUGGUUUCUGAUAACGGAGAGCCCUCACUGUCAGCGACUGUGUCUAUUGAUGUCGUGGUUGCUGAAAGCGGGAGUGACAUCCAAACAAAAUUAAGACACGUUCCGAUGAAGGAGGAGAGUUUCUCGGAUUUAAAUCUGUAUUUGCUGAUUGCCAUUGUGUCGGUGUCAGUGAUCUUUUUACUGAGCCUCAUCAGUUUGAUAGCUGUGAAAUGCUACAGGACAGACGGCAGUUUCAGCAGGUACAGCGCCCCAGUGAUCACCACCCACCCUGACGGGAGCUGGUCUUACUCCAAAUCUACUCAGCAGUAUGACGUGUGUUUUAGCUCCGACACACUGAAGAGUGACGUAGUGGUUUUCCCUGCUCCGUUUCCGCCUGCAGAUGCGGAACUGAUCAGUAUUAAUGGAGGGGACACUUUUAACAGAACACAAACACUCCCUAAUAAAGAGAAGGUAAGAUUUUUUUUUUUUUUUUGGGAGUGUUAA